AUGGCUGGUAAGAAGGGAAAGUCCGGAGGAAAGGCCAACAAUGGCGGAUUGACAAAGGGUGAAAUGACGCAGGAUGAUCGCUUGCAGGCCAUUGUGCUGACAGACUCGUUCGAGACCAGAUUUAUGCCACUAACCUCUGUCAAGCCAAGAUGUUUAUUGCCAUUGGCUAAUGUUCCGUUAAUUGAGUACACAUUGGAGUUCUUGGCAAAAGCUAACGCUCGGGAAGUGCUUUUAGUUUGCUCCUCACACGCCAACCAGAUCAGCGAUUAUAUCGAGAGCUCUAAAUGGAACCUUCCUUGGUCUCCUUUCAAGGUGAUCACCAUUAUGUCUCCCGAGGCCCGUUCUGUCGGAGAUGCUAUGAGAGACUUGGACAACAGAGGCAUCAUUUCUGGGGACUUUAUUCUGGUGAGUGGUGAUGUAGUCACCAACGUCGAAUUCGACAGGCUGUAUGAAUUUCAUAAGAAGAUGCGCGCCAAGGACAAGGAUCACAUUGUGACCAUGUGCUUGAGUAAGGCAAGCCAGUUCCAUCGCACCAGAUCGCUCGAACCGGCUGCAUUCAUUCUCGACAAAUCGGACAACAGAUGCUUAUACUACCAGCAGAUACCGGCAGCUUUUUCCAGAAAGAAGACAAGCCUGGAGAUCGACACCGAGUUGCUAGAGAAUGUCGACGAUUUCACUAUACGAAACGACUUAAUAGAUUGUCGCAUAGAUAUCUGCACGCCCACCGUUCCUGCGAUUUUCCAAGAAAAUUUCGAUUACCAGCUUUUGAGAUCAGAUUUUGUGAAAGGUGUUCUUUCCAGCGAUUUGUUGAGCAAACAUGUGUACGCUUAUAUUACUGAUGAGUACGCAGCAAGAGUGGAAAGUUGGCAGACCUAUGAUUCCAUUUCCCGUGACUUCAUCGGUAGAUGGUGUUUCCCAUUGACUUUGGAGGCUAAUAUAGUCUCCGAUCAAACCUACUCUUACGACUCCGGCCAUGUUUACAAGGAAAAGGAUGUUGUGUUGGCACAAUCAUGUAAGAUCGGGAAAUGUACCGCUAUCGGUUCAAAGACAAGAAUAGGGGAAGGGACUCUCAUUGAGAAUUCGGUAAUCGGGAGAAACUGCAAGAUUGGCGAAAACAUAAAGAUAACAAACAGUUACAUUUGGGACAAUACCGUGAUAGGUAACGACAGUGUCGUUGACCACUGUAUAUUGGCAAGCAAUUCGAAUCUGGGCAAGAGCGUCAUUCUCAAUGAUGGGUGCGUAAUUGGAUUCGACGUUAAGAUCGACGACAACAUGGAGAUUCCCAGCGGUUCGAGGAUUUCCGGUACACCGGUGAAGAGCCUGCAUCCACAUGAGUUGGGACUCUCGGAGGAAGAAUUAUCAGACACCGAAAAGGAGGAAGACAAGAUUAUCGACUCACCUGCAAUCGCCUUGGUCGGCGCACAGGGUGUCGGGUAUAUUUACGAGAGCGACCUUUCAGAGAUGGAAGAAGACGCGCGUGAGCUCGACAAGGUUGCUCACGAUCUAUCAAAUCAUCUAGAAGAGGCUUGCUUGAGCGACGACUCGAUCUCAUCGCGCAUAGUAAAGGCUAAAAAGAAGAGAACUAUGUCAACUAAUAGCAUGUACACCGAUAGGGAAGGAGACGCUUCAGAGUUCGACGAAGACGAAGAAUCUUUCCAGGAAGAGGGGAUAGCCACGGUUAAGAGAGCCAUAGAGAACAACCACGAUCUGGACACUGCCAUGUUGGAAUUAAACACUUUGCGGAUGAGCAUGAACGUGACAUAUCACGAAGUUAGAAAUGUGACGGUGGUUGCGCUUCUGAGACGGGUGUACCAUUUUAUCGCCACACAAACUUUGGGCCCCAAAGAGGCCGUUGCCAAGGUUUUCGGCCAAUGGGGACAGCUGUUCAAGAGAGAGACAUUUGACCGGGAAGAGUACGUCGAUCUCAUCGACUUACUGAUGCAGAGAACCAGCGAACAGGGUUUCGAGAAGCCAGACUUGAUCCUAUUCAGCGCGUUGAAUAAUCUCUACGACAACGACAUCCUGGAAGAGGACAUCGUCUACCAAUGGUGGGACAAUGUCUCUCAGGAUCCGGCAUAUGACGAGGUCAAGAGACUAACCGAGAAAUGGGUUGACUGGCUCAGAGAGGCGGAUGAAGAGACGUCUGAGGAAUCAUCUGAGGAGUCAUCCGACGACGGAGACGAGGAUAACGCCGACGAUGGAGAAGACUGA